CCCUGAAGACAUGAGACACCCAACUGGGUGGAGACCCUAGCUUUCCCCUUCUGGGCAUGGAGGUAUUUUCAAGGUGAACUGGAUCAAAGCACAAACACCUUGUCCAUUUAGCAAGGAGACUGUCAAGUUCCGUCCUUGGGAGGAGGCUGGAUAACAUCUGUCAGCUCAAAGCCCUCGGUUAAGGCUGCAGCGAUGGUUUCCCUUUUUCUUGACAAGACCCUGAUUAAGAACAACAGUGACAAUGACGAAUAUGAACUGGAACGUGAGAUCAUCCGAGCCCUGGAGAAUAAAGUGAUUCUGCUGUAUUUCGGCUCUGGAGAAUGCCCUCAGUGCCAGGAGUUCGCGCCCAUCCUGAAAAAGUUUUUUAGGAGACUCAUGGAUGAAUUUUACGUGGUGCGCCCAUCCCAGAUGGUAUUGAUUUACGUGUCUAUGGAUGAGACGGAGGAACAGCAAGACGAGUUCCUGAAGAACAUGCCCAAAAGAUGGUUUUUCUUGCCCUUUCUGGAUGAAUUAAAAAAGGAACUGGAAAUAAAAUUCUCUGUGAAGGACCCCCCAGUGGUGGUGGUACUGAAGCCAAACGGAGAGGUCAUUGUGGCCAACGCGGUGGAGGAGAUCAAGGAACUGGGCCCAGCUUGCUUCCAAAACUGGCAGGAGGCCGCUGAACUGGUAGACAGGAACUUCCUCCUGGCCCAGGAUUUCGACGAUAUACAGUGGAAGAGCGUCACGGAUCCCGUCCGUAGGCUAAAGUACAAGGUGGAAAAGAAGAAAAGGAAACAAAGGAGUAACCAGAAAGACGAUGAAGAUGAUGAAGAUGAUAAGUCCGCUUGA